AUGGUGUUACUGCAUAAACUUAAGGCAGCAUCAGAUCAGCUUUUCAACGCUUCCAAGGCCGACGACACUGUUAGUGUCAACAAGGUCUCUUUAGACACGUUGGAUGAAGCACACCGCAAACCCGUCGUAAAAGCCAUCCUAAACAUACUCUCUACCGAGCUCGCUGAGAGCACGUAUUGCCAGAUCGUCGACGGCUUGCCUCUUGCAGUUGUCUACGAUGAGGCCUACUGUGAUUCCCUUCUAGAUGCAAAACACCCGGCCUAUCAACACGAGAGCCUCUGCCCUGGAGUUGUCGGAGAAGCAAGAGACUUGUAUUCCGAGUUUGCUCCUGCUCUAUUGCAAUUCGAGAUAUCCGCAAGCCUCUCCCAACUUGCAAGACCAAGUCGUAUAACUAACCGAUGCUAUCAGGUCCUGUCAAGAUACAAGGCUGCCUCACCAGGCUCCCAGCUGUUCAAUACUCUUCUAGUAGAAAUCACUGCGCUUUCGAUUCAUCAGAUUGCUGUCCGGCUGUUCAACCUGGACACCAGCCGUCACAAGGCAGAUAAUGUUGCAUCAUGGACGCCUCCGAAAGAAAACGAAUCGUGGUGGCGCUUUAAUCCAGACGGGCCCCUGCCGACUCUUUUUUGUCAUAGUUGGUAUACCGACUAUGAGGAAUAUCCUGAGGGUGUCGCCGAUAUGGUGGGAUUUUGGGCCGAGAAUCGCAUUCUUGGCGGCGUGAUUCUGUUCGACAGGGCUACGCCAGACUCUGAUGCUGUGUACAUCCAUCCGGACUGGAAGGACGUGACGUACAGGAUAUGCAAACUUCUCGACGCUCAGAAGCAAGACCUACUCGACUUCCUCCAAUCAGAGUCACCACAAUGCGCCAGAUCGCUACCUAUCCGUCCUAAUGGACUUAAUCUUGUCCGUGUUGAUCCAGAAGAAUCCAUUGCACUUACCAAGGUCUACCGUAAUAUCUGGGAACGGAAGCCGCCGCCAGAGUAUGCUGGUGACGAACGGAGCGGCGACGUAUAUGACCCGCUCAACUUCCCUACCAUGUCAGACCAGUAUGACGCGCGAUCACGUUGGAGGACGAGAUUUGACAGAUAUUAA